GCGAUUUCCGGUCUUGCUUACAUAAUGCCAUAAGAAACGGCGUACAGUCGUCAGUCUUCUCCGUCACUCGAACUAGACUCUUCAUCUCAGGCGGCGUCGGUCGGUUCGAGUUGAUCGAAACCGUACACUCUCUAGUCGGUGCUACCAACCACAUCGGGUAUCUCCUCGCUUAUUAGAGGCCAGCAGACGGGCCGGACGACGUAUAUAUAGCCGGAUCGAGACGAUUGAGACCGCCUGUCAUUGUUUGUCGAGAACUCGAAACUGGAAGAUGGCUUUUCUCCACUGCGAUCACGUAUUCUCCGAUCCGAAAGCGAUCGGAGUCAAACGGUGCUCGCUGUGUCGUAAGCCGAUGAUCCGCGCGAUCAAGUGCAAACGCUGCAAGUUGAGGUUCCACUCGAAGUGCAUUGAGCUGCUCAACGGCAAGUCGAAUCGCUACAGCAUUUCGUCUGUGGAGAAAGGUAUAAUGGAUGUUUUUCCGUCUGUGUUGCACCGCGUGUCGGGCGGUGCCGAGUCCCGCCGUUCCGCCACGUGCGCGACUUCGACACCCCCCGUGAUGGAGGCGCGCAUGCAAGUCGGUCAUGCCUGCGCCGUGUCGUCGUCGACGACGGAAGUCUCUUCGUCGGUGUGUCAACCGGCGCGACGCGCGAGGACUGCUCGCAGCUGCUCGGUACCCACCAUUUCGUUCGACCGCCUCUCGAGGGAAGGACCGAAAACGUUGCGUUCAUCGCCGCCGAGAAUCAAUGCUGCUGUUAUGGAGCGACGGGCAAGUUUCGAUGGAACUGAAGAGAUAAAUAGUGAAGCAAAAGCGGAGGAAGUUGAAGAGUUCUGUAUUCCGUUUGAUGGCAUGACGUUUGGAGAGAAGGCAGGCCACAGCUCGAAGGGCAACGUUUAUUUUGGAAAGUGGCAUGGGGAUGUUCUUAUUCAUACCAGGCCUCAUCAGACCAUCGAAGAUGUUCAAGAAUUCUGGAAAGAGGUAUCAGUGUUGAGCAGCAUUAGACACGAGAAUAUCGAGCUAUUUAUGGGUGCAUGCAUGAAACCUCCUCACUUGGCCAUUGUCACAUGUGCUCGAAGGGGCGACUCUCUCCACACAACUUUACACUCAAAACGAUACAAAUUACCCAUGAUCAAGAAGAUGAAGAUAGUCAAAGAGAUAUCACAGGGGAUGAGCUACUUACACUCUCGUGGAAUUAUUCACGGUAGUCUGACCUCUCACAGGGUUCAUCUCGAAAGCCGAGUUCUCAUUAGUAUGUCCUCGUUUACACCAACCAACUACAUGGAAGACACUGACAGCGAUCGAGAGUUAUUGAGCUAUUUGUCACCCGAAGUUCUAAUGGCUCUUCGGUUGGACUCUCAGGAUAUGUUACAGGCCGAUUGUUUACCAACAAAACAAGCCGACAGAUUUGCUUUUGGGACGAUAUUGUAUGAGAUAUUUGGAGGCCGGUAUCCGUACACAGACUUUAGCACAGAAUGUAUGAUCGUUCAAAUCGUACGCGGAUUUAGAGAAAAUCUACGCGGACUCUUCUGUUCCGACGAGGUAAAGACCAUCAUCUCUCUCUGCUGGGCACAGGAUCCACAGUAUAGACCAGCAUUCAAGGCAAUACACCAGGCAUUGAAUCUAAAGGUUUAUACGUUUAAUAAGAAGCUUCAUCACUCGUUGUCUGAACCGUCGCAGCUGGACAAACUCGGGACAUCUGAGAGGUUCAACCAAAGACAUUAACUCAAACUUUAAUUAUGUACUCUCGUUAAGUUAAUUAAUCGUUACUAUAAACAGAAGAGAGUGAGAUGGAGAGACUCUAUAGAUAUGAAGUGUACAGUAUUUAUGCAAA